UGCUAUGCUAGUGUGGACAUUCUCGAUGGUGAUGGAGAAGAUGCAGCUCGCUCUCUGGCCUGGGAAAAGCGAGAUUUUAACCACAUAAAACACAUCCCUGCCACACAGCGACGAUACCAAACCAUGGCCGGGAUUAGACGGGCAACCGGGAAAUACCCUGGCGUCAACCCCGCCGUCAGUUGCUGCCGUCUGCGUCAGGUUCAGUCUCUGCUCAGUGAGGGUGAUACUUCCACUUCUGAUGGCGUCCUGUGCUCUCUUGGAAUUGACAGCAGGUACAACGAAGGCUGCACAGAGCUGGCUAAGUACCUCUUCUAUGGCCUCUAUGGAAGAAGUCCCUUUACCAUGGAACAUUCCCUGGAGGGAUUCUCAGAGGACAUGCUGGAUGACGUCAUCCUUCUGAUCAAAGCGGAGUGUGUACACCUCUACUGCAACCCUGUCAACUUCAGCUACUUGCUGCCUUACGUGUCGCACUGGAGGAACCUGCACCUCUACUGCAUGACGGAGGUUGAGUACCAGGAAGAAGAGGCGGCAGAGGAAUUCAAGAUAUCCAGUUUUGUCACAAUGGUGCAAGACUGCCAUCGCAUCGGUGUGCCCUACAGCUCCCUGGGACACGUGCAAAAGUUUGACAUCUUCAUGGUGGAGAAGUGGCCCCUAAUCCAAGCCUUUGCUCUGGAGGGCAUCGGCGGAGGAAGCUUUUUCACCAUGAAGUACAAGUUGUCAGACAUGAGCGAGCAGCUGUGGCAGCUUUACAGCCGACUGGACUCAGUGUCUCUGGACCAGCUGCUGGCCCAGGAUUUGAGCAGCUUUGAGAGGCAGUGGAGCAGCUUUUUCUCCCGGAUGGAUCUGGAGAGUCACAUGUCCAUCUUGGAGCUGUCGGAGGCUCAGGCAGGAGAGGCCUUCCGUAUGUAUUACUGCCACGGACUCAUCUCAAGCAACAUCUCAGACAAAAGUAAGGACCGGCAGCCAUUCGUGUUGUUUGGGGCACACUCGUCCUCAGAAGACAUGGACAGUUACUCCUUCAACUUUCCCUCUGAGAGUCAUCAAGUCCGCAACACGGGACCUACUAGCGGGGCAGCGAGACACAUGAUAUUGCAAUGUGUUGCCCCAAGAGGAGCGUUAGCUUGCUGUCGGACCUAUUUCUUUGGAACCACGCACACCCCGUACCUUGGGAGUGAGCGCACAAAGCCCCAAAAAAUGGAAGUCUUGCUUUUGUCUCGCGUUUACUCAGCUGCGGUGCAAGCGGUUCUCGCAGGAGUCAAAUGCUUCUCCAGCACCUCCAGUGUCACAAAGGCUAAAGAUGUAGCGGAGCACACCUUACUGGCCACUUUGGACUCUUCAAAUUUAAGUGCAUACUGCAGUCUUCUCAGAUCCAGAUGUGAAUUUAACAUUCAGGCGGCCAAUAAGCAGGGAAGGCUCCUUCCUCUAACUGAUGCAGCGAGCCACUUUGUCAUUAAAACAGCCUCCAUGACGGUCCGUGACAUCCCAGACCUGCAAGGCGAUGGGGGCAACCUGGGCUCCGUGGUCUUCUCUGAAGCUUUCCUUGAGUCCGUUAUCAGUAUUCAACACAAAGAUGGCGCCGUGUCCUCAGACAGCUGCUACACCAUCCUGACUGCCGCCGUGCCUCGCUAUGCCUGCUGGAUGAUGGAAGCUGAUGUCAAGCAGUCUGAGCGGACACAACAACUCACAAAGAAUGAGGAAAACACUUGUCUGGGCAGCGCUUUAACCGUAGCGGACGCGGCGUACGUGUUGUCAAGCAGCCAUCUGUCAGCGCCUGAAGAUGGUAAGGUCAGCUUCUUCUCCAGAGGACUGCUGUUUGUCCACUCUCAGUAUGGAAGCAUCACUCUCUCCCAGGAACACGUCGGCACCAUCAGGUUCUAUGACCCGGACCCCAGUGCGGUCUUGUCUCUCUUUGUGGACUACAAGAACAGCCUGCUGCCCCACUUGCCCUUCCCCCUCCACAGCUCUGACCAGUGCCUGGUCUUUGCCCUUCAACCCAGGUCAAAGAGCUACAGGUGCUUCUACUCCAAGGUUUUGCCAGAGUGGCAAAGGACUGAAUCUGGACUUGCCGUCCACUCGGUGGACCAGGAUCAGUUGACGUGGAGCCACAAAAACAUGCACAGCAGGCUGCAGCAGCUGCAUGAUGACCAGGAGCCUCCAGUUGCCAAACGUAGAGGCACCCUCAAGACAUUACAAUCACAUCUGCCAGAGCAGGACUUGUUUCUGCAGCACUUUUCCCUGAGCAGCAUCGGUGACGAGCCAAUAUUGUCCGACCAUCUGGGGGCCCUCUUCCCUUCCGUAGAGCUGAGCAGAAACUCCAGUAGCCAGGGAGACGCCAAGGUCAUCAUCACCAUUCUUAGCGGGGUGCCGGGGAGCCACAAGGAGACACUCUGCAACUUCCUGGUUCGGCUGAACAGAGAAUACGGAAGGUGGUUGGUGUAUCCGUCCGCUGCUGAUCCCUGUGACAUCUUCUCAGCCUCUCACCUGCAGGACUUUCUGUCUGACUUGGUAGAGAACCAAAAAAGGACGCAGGGAGGGAAGUGGCGCUUGUUGGUCCUCUCACCCGGAUAUGCAGAUGUUCUGGAUGUUGUUCGGGCUUUGCUUUUCCACCCGGACCCCGUUGUCCAGGCCCGUUUCACCAUCGGCGCUGUCGCUGCCUGUGUUGAUCCACUCGCCUCCUGCAUGGAGCACAGGUUUGCCUUCCCUAAACUGUUGGAGCAGUGCAGUCAAGGUAUCAUAAGCAUAGUUGUGUUCACCGGGCCCGCGGCAGAGCAGAAGCAUCCCCUGGUGCAGCACGUUCAGCAGCUGGUACGCACCGCCAACCCCACGGCAGCCUUUGUCCUGGCAGCAAGGGGAGCUGUCACCAGGAGUGAAGAUGUCAAGCUAAUUUUGUCCGAGAGCAGCUUCAGUGGACCUCAAAUGCUGAGAGCACGUUAUGUCCUCUACCCAGGCUGGUGCACGGGGCGCUUCAAGUCUGGCUCUGGGUCUCUUGUCCUCACCCAACAUCGUGUGGCUUUCAGCCGGCCUCUGGAGAGGCCUCUUUUUGUUCAACGCUGCAAAGCUUUCAAGGCAUCGCUGAGGCCGAGCCCUUUUCGAGGGAAUGUCUACAAUCUUUCUGGAAAAGUCAGGUUUUCUGACUCUCAGCACAUGAUGGACGUGAGCUACAACACUGUGAGCGGCAACCUCAUUAUCAUCCCGGAGCAGGGCGUCGACCCCUUGAUCCAGAGGGGCGUUCAAAGGAGCGACGCCUCCUGUUUCUUGAUCUUUGAUGGGGUCGGCCUGGCUGAGAACGGACUCAAGGACUGGCUCAGACUGUGCACCAAGCAGAAACAGACCAAGAAGCCUAAAAAGACCGAAGAAACUCUUUCACCGCAGGAAAUCAAGAACAUUCAUAUGAGCAGACAUUUGGACCCAUUACCACCAGGAUUCUUCUACAACGGCUAUCACUAUGUGGGCAUCUUUGGAGAGAAAAGCAACUGCCAUCCCAACAUGAAUGAGUUCAUCAAGGAGUACGUGGCCGAGGCCAACAAAGACAUCGAGCUGUACAACCGCCAGCUGGAGCUGCAGGUGCAACCGGACCUGUUUGAUCCUUGAAGGCGAGCCGCUUGUCAGUCCGCGCUAUCCGUCCGUCUUAAUUUAACGCCUUGGGGAGGGGAGGAGUCAAAGAGGGCACAGGGGUCACUGAACACUUCACUCCAAAUCCUUUCUUUCUGGUGCCUAAUGCAGGCACGCUUUGGAUAAGUUGUGACGUGUGUUUGCAGCAUGAAAGUAGACCACUACUCCACCAGCUUCACAACCUCGCACAAUCUAAGGGAAUUUCCAUUCCAAUUUCCGACAACUCUCCUGCAGCUUGCGCCUUUGUGUUUAUCGCAAUUGGCAAGUUAAUGCCUCUAUUUCUGGCCCGGCAUGGAUAGCCGUGUGAUUACGCUGGGCUCCCCGGUGGGGUUUCUCAAGAAUUGUCGUCACCCUAUCCACAGAGCACCUGUCUGCUGGUCUGCGUGUUGCGCUCAGCCGCCAAGAUGUAAACACAGCACAAUCUGUGUGGUGUUGAGGCAACAACGCUACACGCCAGCCCCGUGCUUUAUUUUAAGACUUCCCGCCGCGAAUCUAAUGAAAGUGCAAUUAAGCAAACGUGCGUCCCCGCAGCGUCGCUUUAGAACAGCUGAGGCCGGUGUUUUGUGUCCACCAGAAUCUUCUCCUCUGUUACCAGGAAGAAAGCAGACUCUAGAGAUAGAUGCAAGCUAAGCCUCACUGCAUGUGACAACAUUGGUCGUCUCCAUUUGUUUCACAUUCCUGUAUUUUAUCUAGACAGAGCAAAACUUGUUCUCUGUUCCUAUACACAGCAAUACAAACAGGAACUAGGGUAAAGGUUAAAGGCCUAAACAUUUAGAGGGUCCUUGUUUUCAUCUAAAACAGGGCCAGAAUUGUAGAAAAACUUUUUUUUUUUGCUGUCUAAUCACUGAGACGUUCUAUGUUGCUGCUAAAGCGCUACACCGUUCACCUGAUUACAAAACAACCGUGCUGUCACUGCAAAAACAUCACUGAUUGAGGUAAAUGCUUUUUAAUUACUUAAAAACAUUUUUUUUUUAAUAUAACCCCUCGAGCAUUUUGGGGAAAACACCAUUUCAAACAUAGUGUUAUAGCACAAUGUGUGAUAGAAGACAUCAAUUUAAAACGGACUGGACAGAAAUGCAGCACAUUUCAAUUUGGCUUUUGACCCCAGCUACCGAGUGUUUAAAAUAACGUGUUUUCGUCACAUACAAAGUACAGACUAAUGCUGCUUUCAGGACGACUGGGGAUGUCGGAAAUUUUCCACAAGCAGAGGUCUAAACACAAAACAUAUUGGUCAAAUGUCAGCAACAAACAUGGCUGACGGCCAGUAUAAGCUAGCAUCUGUAAAUGUCAGCAAUCCUGACAAUAAAACUACCGGUAAUAUGUUUUCUGUAUUUUAAGUAAAACCAAAUAUUGGUUUUACUUAUAUAUAUAUAAUAUAUUUUUUUCAAGCCAAUACCGAUAACUUCCUGCUUCUCAAGACAGAUGCCGAUAACCGAUAACUUAUAUGUGUGUAUAUAUAUUAAGUGGUUUUUUUUUUUUUAAAUGUAGAUUUAACUGUGGGGUUUGUGAACACCAAAGUUUGGAUGUAUACCGAGUACCAGCAUUUUUUGGUUCCGGUUCCGAAUUAGGUCGGUCAAUGAGGACCGUGAAAAUUGUGGACUAACGAUACUGCUCUGGGUAUUUUUUGCUCUGGCUGACUGACGUAAUUAUGACACGCUGUCACAUUCAGUUCAGCUGCCACUGCUACACUAUACAAUUAGCUUUGAAUAAUGACAAAUAAGGAAGCAACACCACACAAAAGUUUGUAACAACAAUAUUUCCUCCCAAAAGUUCCUCAAAGUCAUGCACGCUGUAUCAGUUUGAAGUGAAUACACUUUACUCACGACGAGUCAUGACCGCGUUUUAUCAUCCGUCCUCCUAGCGAUUCAUUAAUCCACAGGCCAAUAUUAAUCCACUCAAAAAAGUGAAAAAUUGAGGUUUAAUAUAAUAAUCCAUAAAGUUGCUUCGAAGCAAGAUAGCAUCCGCUGUGACUGACAAGUCUCUGGUUGCCGCGCGUUUGCGUGUCAUUAAAACACAUCUUCCUGAAAUGUGUUUUAGUUCAUUCUGUCUCUUGACUACAAACUGGACGAUCGAGCAUUACACUUGCUCAGUGAGUGUUUUUAUUCAUAUAAUACACACACAUACAUCGGUAGCUGUCAACACUCCGGCUUUGGGUACGUCACUCAAAUAUGUCUGUUUGCAACAUAAACACAAAUAACAAUUCCUAUUGUUACAAUAUGCACACCAACAUAACAUGCUUAUUGAUUUAAUAAUAUAUGUGAUAUAUCAUGUAAAAGGUCUGUUCUUUGCACAUGAAUGCCAUAUAUAAAUAUUAUUUGCAGCUGAGUGUAAUUGUAAUGAAUAGAAACAGAGUGAUGGAUCUGUGUGGUCUUUACAAUAUGAUAUAACUGCAUUUCACCUUGCACUCCACACAUAGUUGACUUCUUUAAGACUUAAAAAAACAGGUGUUGAUUAUAUACUUCCCUACUCUGAUAUGUUACAGUACAUCAUGUUGGAGGUGUUGUGGUUUAAUAUUUGCUAGUCUAAAUGCUAAUUGAAAUGCAUUUUUUCACAUCUUUACUUCCACAAAUUACAUGUAGUACCGAUAAACACUGGUAUCGAUAAGGGUAUCGUACUGAUAAAAUCUUAAUGAUAUACAAGAAAGACUCAAUCAAAGGUGGAUCUGACAAACCGUACCUGUAGAUUUGUCCUGACAAAAGCCAGUGACUUCAACGAUAGUAAAGGGCUGGUCGUCCAGCGCCAUAAUUUCCAUGAUGAAAUCGAAGAUCGCUAUUGCCGUCAGGUCGUCACCGGUAAAUGUUUUGCACUUUUCAAACACUGCAGCAAUAAGAACUAG